CUGGCAUGUGAUCCCACUUUCGUCAAAUCAAUCGCCUCACUGCUGCAGCCUCCCCAUUCAACUUUCCAUGCUGUUGCCCGUCCAAUGGACAGCACUUAGGAGGUUUGUCUGGACCCUUUCCGCUCCCGCUCGCUCGCCCGCUGCGCUCCGGCUCUCCACCGUCGACCGUCCAGGUUCAGAGGGACUGACGCGGCUCAGGGAGCUGGCCUGGGUCUCCUGCACACAUGGAGGGAGACGUGAUGGACAGAGUGGAGGCCACGGCGACGGUCCUUGACUUCGAUCCCAUCAGCGGGAGCAUCCCGGCCACCAAAGUGGAGAUCACAGUGUCCUGCAGGGAUCUCUUGGACCGAGACACUUUCUCCAAAUCCGACCCAUUGGUGGUGUUGUACACGCAGGGCGUCGAGUGCAAACAGUGGAGAGAGUUUGGGAGAACUGAGGUGAUAGACAACACACUAAACCCAGACUUUAUCAGGAAGUACAUCCUGGACUACUUCUUUGAGGAGAAGCAGAACCUGCGCUUUGACGUGUAUGAUAUUGAUUCUAAAAGUCCAGAUCUGGCAAAGCAUGACUUCCUGGGACAGGUCUACUGUACACUGGGAGAGAUCGUGGGCUCACCCGCCAGUCGCCUGGAGAAACCUCUCGGUAUAGGUUCCUUUUCAAUUUUCUCGCCGGAGAGGAGGUCUGGGCGCCCCAGUCCCCCUGUUUCAGGUGGCAUACCUGGGAAGAAAUGUGGGACCAUUAUAUUGUCUGCUGAGGAGCUGGGAAACUGCAGAGAUUACGCCACCAUGCAAUUCUGUGCCAACAAACUAGAUAAAAAGGACUUCUUUGGAAAGUCGGACCCCUUCAUGGUCUUCUACAGAAGCAAUGAGGACGGCACGUUCACCAUCUGCCACAAGACUGAAGUGGUGAAGAACACGUUGAACCCUGUGUGGCAGCCCUUCUCCAUACCUGUCAGAGGGCUCUGCAACGGCGACUACGACAGGACAAUCAAAGUGGAGGUGUAUGACUGGGACAGAGACGGGAGCCACGAUUUCAUCGGUGAAUUCACCACCAGCUAUAAAGAGCUAUGUCGAGGUCAGAACCAGUUAAACGUCUACGAGGUGGUGAAUGCCAAGAAGAAAAUAAAGAAAAAGAGAUACAUCCACUCCGGGACGGUGUCCUUGUUGUCAUUCAAUGUGGAGUCAGAGCACACCUUCCUGGAUUACAUCAAAGGAGGGACUCAGAUUCACUUCACAGUGGCCAUUGAUUUCACUGCAUCAAACGGAAAUCCGUCACAGUCCACUUCACUGCACUACAUGAACCCGUACCAGAUGAAUGCCUAUGCCAUGGCCCUGAAGGCCGUGGGAGAGAUCAUCCAGGACUAUGACAGUGAUAAGAUGUUCCCUGCCCUGGGAUUCGGUGCUAAGCUGCCCCCUGAUGGGAGGGUCUCCCACGAGUUCCCUCUGAAUGGCAACAUUGAGAACCCGUACUGUAACGGCAUGGAGGGGAUUCUCGAAGCUUACCAUCAAAGCCUUAAGACGGUUCAGCUGUAUGGACCGACCAACUUUUCUCCUGUUGUUAAUCAUGUGGCCAGGUAUGCAGCAGCAGUGCAGGACGGAUCUCAGUACUUUGUUCUGCUCAUCAUUACUGAUGGCGUCAUAUCAGACAUGGCUCAGACCAAGGAGGCCAUAGUGAAUGCAGCUAAACUCCCCAUGUCUAUCAUCAUUGUUGGAGUUGGCCAAGCUGAGUUUGAUGCCAUGGUUGAGCUGGAUGGUGAUGACAUAAGAAUUUCGUCCAGGGGGAAGUUGGCAGAGAGGGACAUUGUUCAGUUUGUCCCGUUCAGAGACUACAUGGACCGCACAGGCAACCACGUGCUGAGCAUGGCGCGGCUGGCUAAAGAUGUACUGGCUGAGAUCCCUGACCAGCUCAUAUCCUCCAUGAAGACCAGAGGCAUUAAACCUAACUCCGUCCCACCGGCUUACUCCCCUGGAGAUCAACUCCAGACCAAUCUCGUUUGAGCGCCAAAAACAGCUCUGCGUUGAGGUAGGGCGGGGUCGUGGUUGACGGGAACCGACCUUC